AUGGCAGAAACCUCGAAACACACCGGGGCCUCCGCCUCUAAGAGCGGCCGAAAACGCAAGGGGACCGAAGAUGAGAGCGAAGGCCCACCCGCCGCAGGAGGAGAAAGUUCUUCCCGGACAAAGUCAGCCAAGAAAUCCCGAAAGUCUGUUAAGGGCAAAGGAAAAAUGAAAGCCAAAGGAGAAGAAGAAUGGCCCCAAUACUUCCAACAUCUUUCCAAGGUCUUCAAGGCUUUGAACACCGUCCUUGCUUUCUGCUCUUCUCGGAAACAUCUGGCGACGACCUUCCCGGUCAUAAGAACAUCAGUAGAGGGUCUACUUAAGGAGCCUCUGGAACUCACGAAGGUGGCUGAAUUGAAAGCAUUACUUCCCGACAUGGUAAAGCUCGCCUAUACCACUCCCGACGAGCUACGCAUCAAUUCGACCCCACGACCCAGCAAGUUCCGCGAGAAAUCCCCAGAUUACGGAAAGUUCAUGCAGGCCGGGCCUUCAAACUACGAAGCAGAGGAGCAUGUUCUUGUCCUGGACCUCCUUGAUAAUGUGAAAGGAAGCAAACCCGGUGGUACAGAAUCCUUCCAAACGCUAGCUCUUCCUCCAUCCAUGACGCCAACCCAAGUGAAGAAGUUAAUAGACAACAGAAACAAGCGUUUCACCCUUGCAGUCGAAGAGCUACUUCAAGCAACUCCUCCAGAUGAAGACCCGGCUGCGCUCGUACAAGCCGCUGCUCGAGAACACAUACCUCUUAACCCUAAACAGAAAUCUACCGAAUUCGGCGACAUCAUGAAAAUGCCUAUCCCGGCCCACGACGUCCGACCAUCCAUUGAUGAAGUUCUUACAGAGAUUCAAGAGGAAGGCUGGUACAAAAAUCAAAUAGUGGACCGGAGAAUUUUCGAAGCUAGGGAAGGCCAAACAGCUAAUCUGGACCAUCCGCUGUCUGGAACAAUUCAGCAGGCACUUUUAGACUCUAGGAAGAUCACUUCUCUGUACACUCACCAGGUCGCUUCUAUCAAUGCCUUGCAGCAAAACAAGCAUGUCAUAGUUUCGACGAGCACGGCUUCUGGAAAGUCAGUGAUUUAUCAGGUUCCGUUACUACGUUUCCUUGAGGAAGACAACUCUGCGACCGCGAUAUUCAUAUACCCCACAAAGGCGUUGGCACAGGAUCAGCGAGCUGCAUUGGAGGCAUUGCUGGCUGCUUGUCCGGGUCUUGAGCAUAUAAAGGUAUCGACGUAUGACGGGGAUACGCCACAAGAGCAACGCAGUGUUGUCCGCGAGACUGCUUCAGUCAUAUUCACGAACUUUGAUAUGCUCCAUGCAUCCAUACUUCCACACGAGGAUCUGUGGCGCAGCUUUCUAAAGAACCUCAAGCUGGUCGCCGUUGACGAACUCCAUUACUACCAUGACCUCUUCGGAAGUCAUGUCGCUUUCGUGACCCGACGUCUGCGUCGUGUCUGUGCAGCUGUCGGAAACCGCCGUCUCCACUUCGUCUCCUGCAGCGCCACAAUCUCCAAGCCCAAAGAACAUAUGAAGAGGAUCUUUGGUCUCGAGGACGUGGAAGCAAUAACUGAGGACGGUGCUCCUUCGGGUCGGAAAGACUUUAUCAUUUGGGAUUCUCCACCUAUAGAUGAGAUGGCUCCGGAAAUGGGUAGACAUAGCGCGGUCACGCAGGCGACGGGGUUGAUGAGAUAUCUGAUGAAGAGGGGUGUGAGGGUCAUCAUGUUCUGCAAGGUUAACUUCCUCACAACUUCGUUGAAUUCGGCAAGGGUGCUGAAGGACAUUCUCGUGCUGACAGAUCAGAAAAUCAUGCGAGUUGGUUAUGCCCAAGAGGAUAGGCGUAAGAUCGAGGCUCAGGCAUUCUCAGGCCAAUUACUGGGCAUCGUUGCCACGAAUGCCCUCGAACUGGGCGUCGAUAUUGGUGUGCUCGACGCCGUGAUCAUGAUGGGGUUCCCCUUUGGCGUCGCUAAUCUUCGGCAACAAAUCGGUCGUGCAGGUCGUCGUGCUCGUGAUGCUCUCGCAGUACUUGUCGCAGAUUCACUUCCCAUCGACCGGCACUAUGUCCUGAACCCUCAGGACAUAUUCGAUAAGCCUAUGGACGAGUUGAUUAUCGAUCUGGAGAGUGAUUGGAUCGUGGAGGCGCAUCUGCAGUGUGCGGCUCAUGAGAUGCCGGUGUCGGCUGUGGAGGACGAGAAGUGGUUUGGACCCUUGACGAAAGAGAUAUGUAAGACAAAAUUAGUCAAGGACAAGGAUGGCUGGUAUCACACGCAUUCGAAAUUCUUGCCGUUCCCUGCAAAGUAUGUGUCGCUGAGGGGGGCAGAAGAGGAGAAGUACGUGUUGGUCGAUGUGACGAAACUGCAAUCGGAGGGUACGGCCAAGAUCCUAGAGGAAAUCGAGAUUUCGAGAGCUUUGUUUGAACUUUAUGAAGGCGCUAUUUUCACUCACCAAGGUUUGACCUUCCUUAUAAAGGAAGUCAGCCAUGACCUCAAACGGGCGAAAGCUAUCAGGACGGACGUCAGCUGGACAACAUCGCCCAGAGACUUCACAGAUGUUGACGCUGUCCAGACGUAUCGAAUCCGAGAGAUCAAAGAGUCACCACGACGGGCUUUCUAUGGUCGCGUCGAUGUGAUGACUGUUGUUUUCGGAUAUUUCAAGCUACGCCUGAAAGUCAUUCUAGACGUCGUAGACGUCGAAACGCCUCCCUGGGAACGCACCUCCACCGGCUUAUGGAUGGAUGUCUCGAAAUCCAUCCUCGACCUCAUGAAUGACAAAGGCAUCAACCCCGCCGAAGCCAUCCACUCCGCACAACACGCAUUCAUGAACAGGUUCCCUAUGUCUUCGGAGCUGAGGACGGAAUGUAAGGCGCCGGAAAAGGAGUACAAGGCCACGGAGUCGCAGAGAAAGAGGCCUGCUAGGCUCAUAUUUUACGAUAUCCCCGGAAAAGGUGGCGGGAUCGCUGCGAAAGCUUUUGACAAUGUAUCUAACAUUCUCCGCCAAGCACAUGAUACCAUCGAGUCGUGCGACUGUGAGGAUUCAAGAGGUUGUCCAAACUGCGUCGAGAGUACCUUCUGCAAAGAGAGGAAUGAAGUCGCGUCCAAGCUCGGAGCGUUGCUCAUCAUCAAAGACCUCCUCAACAUCCCCAUCGAUCCUGAUAGGAUCCCACAGCAAUUCGAUUAUGAGAGGACGGACGAGGCGCACCAGACGAUUGUGGCGGCGGAGUUCGUGAGGCCGAUAGACGAUGUACAGGUCGAGAGCGCAUAG